UUCUCUCAUUCAAUUGUUGGAAUUGUUCUUAAGCAAGAUCUAUUUUCUCUCUCUCAUUUGUCACUACAAAUGAAAAAGGGUCACUAAAGAUUAGAGGGUCCAAUUCUUUUCUUAUCUUUUUGUUUCUGUUACAGAGGAGAGCCACAUUGUAAUUCUUGAUAUACAGAAAAAGCUUCAGUCUUUGAACAAAAACAGAAGCUUUCUGAGAUCUCUGAAGCUCCAAUUUUGCAGGAAGAUGGGGAAGAAAGGAAGCUGGUUUUCUUCAGUAAAGAAGGCUCUGAGCCCGGAUCCUAAGGAAAAGGCAGAGAAGAAAGCAAGUAAAUCGAAGAAGAAAUGGUUCGGGAAAGAAAAGCAUCCAGUACCAGAUUCUUCAACUUUGGUUGUUACUACUGUUUCUCCUCCUCAUCCUGUUCCUCCGGUGGAAGAGGUCAAACUGAUUGAAGUGGAACAAGAGCAGACUAAACAUGCUUAUUCUGUUGCAGUUGCCACGGCAGCAGCUGCUGAAGCUGCUGUUGCAGCUGCCCAGGCUGCUGCGGAGGUUGUUCGGUUAACUACAGUCAAUCAAUUUGUAGGAAAAUCCAAGGAGGAAAUAGCCGCAAUCAGGAUUCAGACUGCAUUUCGAGGAUAUCUGGCCAGAAGGGCAUUGAGGGCUUUAAGAGGACUUGUUAGACUCAAAACAUUAGUUGAUGGACCUACUGUCAAACGGCAAACUGCAAAUACUUUGAAAUGUAUGCAGACUCUAUCACGUGCCCAGUCUCAGAUUAGUUCUAGACGGAGCAGGUUGUUGGAGGAGAACCGAACUCUCCAGAGACAGCUUAUGCAGAAACAUGCGAAAGAACUUGAGAGUUUGAGGAAAGGGGAGGAAUGGGAUGAUAGUCUACAAUCGAAGGAGCAAAUUGAAGCAAGUUUACUCAGCAAAUAUGAAGCUGCAACAAGACGAGAAAGGGCACUAGCCUACUCAUAUUCCCACCAGCAAACCUGGAAGAAGUCAUCAAAAUCUACCCGUUUGUUGUUUAUGGAUCCAACCAAUCCUCAAUGGGGUUGGAGUUGGUUAGAGCGGUGGAUGGGUGCUAGGCCAACGGAAACCCAAAGCAUGUCGGAGAAAGAACUUAAAAGUGAUCAAAUGUCUGUUAGAAGUGCCAGUAUGAGCAUUGCUGGAGGAGAAAUUACAAAGGCAUUUGCCCGGCAUCAGCUGAAUUCUGAACUCCCGUCUUCUCCAUCCAGCCAAAAGCCAAACCGUCGUUCAAGCCGCCAGUUCCCUUUUACCCCUUCCAAGCCAGGCGCUUCUCCAACAGCUAGAAAACUAAAACCAGAAAGUGCGAGAGUCAGUGCAAUAAACCAAGAUGAUGACACCCGAAGCGUGUUUAGUGUUCAAUCAGAACGGAACAGGAGGCACAGCAUUGCAGGGUCAUCAGUAAGAGAUGAUGAGGAGAGCUUGGCAAGCUCCUCUUCGGUGCCAAGUUAUAUGGCGUCCACUCAGUCAGCAAAAGCAAGAACGCGGUUGCAAAGCCCAUUGGGUAUGGAAAACGGUACAACACCAGAAAAGGGAUCAGCAGGUUCUGUGAAGAAGCGACUCUCUUACUCAGCUUCACCAGCCAUUACAAGGCGGCAUUCAGGCCCACCAAAGAUCGAAAGUAUCUCCACAAACACAAAUACUUCUAUUGCUGACGUUUAUGCGAAUGGAGUUGUCAACUGACUCAUCUUGUCACAAGUAAUAAAGCUGUCCCUCGGCCUGCAAUACCAGUUAAAUGCAGAGAAGAUAUAAGGAUUUGAAACAAUUUGUUGAUCGAUUCGUGCAACUUCAACUUCUCCAUACAAUCAAUAUGAAGUCAUUAGUUUAUGUGCAUGCCUGCAUGGUACUUGCCUUUUAAUUUAUCAAAAAAAAAUAAAAAUUGAUACUUGCUUUUUAAUAUUUUUUUUCCUCCCACGAAUGUUGGUGAUUUCAGAUUGUGAUAGUUGUGAAUUUAUUUUAGAGAAAACGUUUUCUUCAUUGUGAUUAUAUGAUUCCAUCUUUAUUAUGUACACAAGAUAGUGAAAAGAGAAACUAUUUCUUUAUUUAGUCAA